AUGGUCAUAGAAUCAGAGAUAAAUGAUAAAAAAAGAGGUUUAGAAUCAUCAUCACCAACAAUCAAUGACCCAAAGAAAGUAAAAGUUGAAUCACCAUCAUCAGGAAAAGAAGAUGGUGAGGUUGAUGAAGUUACAUCAUCUCCAGCAUCAAGAGAAACAUCAUCUUCAAAAUUAAUGUCACCCUCUAAAAAUCAAUCAUCAUCGUCUUCAAGGUCAUAUCAUGAUAGUAAUAAUGGUUAUAGAAGAAAAGAUGAAAGAUAUAGUUCUUCAAGAUCAUACGAUAGGAAUUACAGAGAUAGAGAUAUAUCAAGAGACGGAGAUAGAGAAAGAGAUAGAGACAGAGAAAGGGAUAGAGACAGAGACAGGGAUAGAGACAGAGAUAGGGAUAGAGAUAGAGAUAGAGAAAGAGAUAGAGAUAGAGAUAGAGAUAGAGAUAGAGAUAGAGAUAGAGAUAGAGAUAGAGAUAGAGAAAGAGAAAGAGAGAGGGAUAGAGACAGAAAUAGCCAAGAAAGAGGUUCAAGAAAUUCUCACGAAAGAGAUUAUAGAGAUAAUAGAGAUUAUAGUAGAGAUAGUAGAGAUAAUAUGGAUAGUAGAGAUAAUAAAAAUGGUAGUAGACAAUCCAUUAACAACAAUACUUUAUCAUAUGAAAAACAAGCUGAUAGAAAAGAUGAGGUAAGAGUAAAAGAUAAUAUCAGUGUAAAUGAUGAUAAAACAAAUCAUGGAGAAAACUUAACAAACGAAUCAAUAACUGCCACAUCUACUAAUGAACCCACUAAACCAGCUGUUAUCAUAGAAGAAGAUGAAGAAACUAAAACAAAGAGAAUCCUCGAAGAAAAUAGAUUGCAAAGACAAUUGAUUAUGGAAAAAUAUAAUAAAGAACAACCUCAACCUAUCACCUCUUCCUUAUCUACAACAGAGAAAGAACAGAGUAAUACAAAUACAAAUAGUAACUCAACACCAGUGGCAACAACAACAACAAGCAUUCUUGCAAAAUCACCAUCAAAUUUAGAGAAUCAAAUUGAAGAAGAGGAUGAAUCAAUUAUUAUUGAAUGGAGAAAAGACCAAAACUCUGAAAAUUCUUCAGCAUUUAAUGACAAUAAUAAUGAUGAAUCAUGCUCUUCUGAAGAGGAUUUGAAAAAGAGAGGUAAAAUCAAAGAGGAGGAUAUUAAAGCUAAAGAUAAACCAAUAACAACAACAACAACAACAACAACAAUUAAUAAUGUAUCAAUUAAAUUACCACCAAAACCUGAGCCUAUUAAAGCUAAAACAUCAGCACCAGUUUUUGAUAUGUUUAGUGAUUCACCAUCUGAUGAAACUGAUGAAUCAAAUAGAGACCUCAAUGAAACCAAUGGUGGAGGAGUUAUGGUCGAUGCAAAUAUUGUUGUUAAUCCAUCAAUUAAUUUAUCAGAUAAUUGGGAUGACGCUGAUGGUUAUUAUAAAUUUAGAGUUGGUGAAAUUAUGGACAAGUAUCAAAUAUUCUCUCCAAUUGGUUCUGGUGUUUUCAGUACAGUGGUAUCAGCAAAAGAAACUAAAACUAAUGAAGAUGUAGUCAUAAAAAUCAUUAGAAAUAGACCUUCAAUGCAUAGAUCAGGUUUAAAAGAAAUUGAAAUCCUUCAAAAAAUUUCUAAUACUCCAACAUCUUCAAAUCAAAAAUCUCAUUGUAUUCAAAUGAAAGAUCAUUUUAAUUAUAGAAAUCAUCUUUGUAUUGUUUUUGAACCUAUGAGUAUGAGUUUACAUCAAUUAAUUAAAAAGUAUGGUAAAGAUAUUGGUCUUAGUUUAAAUGCUGUUAGAGUUUACGCUAAACAAUUAUUUUUAGCUUUAAAACAUAUUAAAAAUUCAAAAAUUUUACAUGCAGAUAUUAAACCAGAUAAUAUAGUUGUAAAUGAAGCAAAGAAUACUAUAAAGAUUGUAGAUUUUGGAUCAGCUGGUGAAAUUCAUGAAUCUGAAAUUACACCUUAUUUAGUUAGUAGAUUUUAUAGAGCUCCUGAAAUUAUAUUAGGUCAUAAAUAUGAUUAUUCAAUUGAUGUUUGGAGUGUUGGAUGUUGUUUAGCUGAAUUUUUUACAGGAAAAUUCUUAUUCCCAGGUAAAACCAAUAAUGAUAUGAUUAGAUUAUUUAUGGAAUAUAGAGGUGCCUUUAGUAAAAAGAUGUUAAAGAAAUCAGAAUUUGUAUCAAAUCAUUUCAAUGAGAAUCUAGUAUUUAUGAAACAAGAGAUUGAUAAUAUUGAAAAAACUGUUAGAAAGGUUCCACAUGAUAUCACUAAACCAACAAAAGAUAUUCUUCAAUUUUUACUUCCAAAAAAUGUCUCUAUUCCUGACCAAGAUAUGAAGAAAUUAAUUCAAUUAAAAGAUUUAAUUGAAAAAUGUACAAUCUUAGAUCCAGAAAAAAGAAUUACACCUUUUGAAGCUUUAAAUCACGAAUUUUUAAAACCAUUUUAA